UCAUCUUCUUCUUCUUCUUCUCUCCCGUGGCCUCCCGUUCCCAGCACUGCCGGCCGGGCAAGAUGAAGUGGAGGAGGAUCGCCGUCCUUGCUACCCUGCAGGCACAGCUCCCAACCACAGAUGCUGCAUCAGUUCUUGGCCUCACAGAUCCCAGGCUCUGCUACGUGCUGGAUGGAUUCCUCUUCAUUUAUGCAGUGGUCAUGACAGCCCUUUUUGUGAAGGCAAAGCUCAGCCAGGCCUCUGAACCACAGCUGCGACCAGGCCAGGAUGACGUGUACAACAAACUCUCCCGCGCGCACAGAGACGAUUACGAUGUUCUGGGAGGGAAGCGAGGAGCAGACCCCGAGCUGGGCGGGAGACACCAGCAGAGGAGAAAGAACCCUCAGGACACUGUCUACACUUCACUGCAGAAGGACAAGAUGGGUGAUGCAUAUAGUGAGAUUGGAAUGAAGGGAGAGCAGCAGAGGCGGCGAGGCAAAGGAAAUGAAGGUCUCUACCAGGGGCUCAGUGCAGCAACCAAGGACACUUAUGAUGCUCUCCAAAUGCAGCCUUUGCCCCCACGCUAAGCGGGAGCCUCAGAGGGGAUGGGCAGGAGUGAGAGAUGCCCACCUGCUUUGGGGAGGAGAGAGGGAAAAGUCUUUUUCAUCCAACACAAGCACUGUGUGUUUUCUGUGUGCAAGAACCGCCUUGGGUUGGUGCACAGACUCUGGACCUGGCCCUUCUCCCUCUCCUCCUGAAUCAUGUAACUGCUUCUGCUACUAGAAUGUACAUAACUGUAAAGUUGUUUCCAGUUUUAGUGGGUAUUAGGCUGAUUUUUUUUUGGUAAGGUUUGUGUUGUGUGACCAGACCACACCUGGUAACAAACACUGCUAUUUCCAUAGCUCUUCCUUGUCUUCCAGAGUAUUAAGACAUGGACUUAUGGCUUUAUUGCAUUUAAACAAUUUGCAGAGAUAUGUGGGCUGUAUUUACUUCCUGUAGUAUUUAUCUUAAGACUAUUCCUCCCUUUUUGCUUUAAAUUUGCCUUUAAAAAACUGCUUCAGUGGA